CAGAGGGGUUUGCUUAGUGGAAUUUCCUCUGCGUCUUUCUUUUUGAUAAAAUUCAGCAUAUUUUAUAAUGGUAAUUUCCUCUGUGAAUUUGUUCUUGCUCGCAUACCUAUAAUUGAGAACCAGAGAGCUUUUGUUGCCCCAGCAGAUAUUCAGUCAUUCACCAGUGAGGCUAAAAAUAAGUUAUCUACUCGUCUUCAAGGAAAGACUAGGUACUUUGCCCAAGCUGUGAAGGAAAUAUGUGCAACAUUUAAAGAGAUGCAGAAAUAG